AUGUCGCAUCUAACCAACCCAUUAGGUAUUGGCAAGGGGCUGUUGGAAAAGUACCUUGCCCGGCCGAAUCACACGGUCAUCGGCAGCGUACGCGACACCAAGGCCCCAGCAUCGCAAGACCUAGACAAACUACCCAAGGCAGAAGGCUCGCGGCUUCUUCUCGUGGGCAUCGACAGCAGUUCACCAACCGAUCCGCUACAGGCCCUCAAGGACGUCGAGACAGCUGGAGUUGGGCAUGUAGACCUCAUCAUAGCCAACGCCGGCAUGGGUCCGCUGCCUCCCAAGAAGUUGGACACCGCCGAAAUUGAGACCGUGGAGGGGGCCUUGCAGGUCAACACUCUGGGGCCCAUCCGUCUCUUCCAGGCGUUCAAACCGCUUCUCGACAAGUCCGCUUCGCCCAAAUGGGUAUCGGUGUCCAGCGGUGCUGGAUCCAUCACCAACUGCGAAAAGUACAUGGCGUUUUACGCCGGUGCGUACGGUGUGUCCAAGGCCGCUCAAGAUUGGUUUACCGUGGCCAUCCACGCUGGCAAUCCAUCUUUGGUCGCUUUUGCCAUUCACCCCGGCCACGUCCAAACGGACAUGGGUAACAUCGGUGCCCAGAUGGUGGGACUCAAAGAAGCACCGCAUACAAUCGAAGAGAGCACUUUGAAGACGGUGCAGUUGAUUGAUAACGCAACCCGUGACAAUACGUCGGGCAAAUUUAUCAACGUCAUCACCGGUCAGGAGAUCCCCUGGUGA